AUGUCCAGCGACGGUGGCCAGGAUCACCUCAACGGGCACAGCGCCGUCAUUCUCGCGGCCUUUUGUAUCGUCUCGUUCUUCGUUAUCUUCCCAGUCAAGAUCCCGCUGCCUGGUUUCGCCCAACGGCCCAUCUUAAACGUCGCGCAGACAUGUCGGAUCAUCAAUGCGCAAGAGCGAAAGGCACUGGGAGCAAGGCGGCUGCAUCUUACACUGUCGCUGCUCACCGCGCCGCUGAUUGCGGUGAUUGUGCUCUUGGCGACCACGACGAUCCACGGGAGCACGAUCAGACUAGGUAUCGUGGGCGACGAGAACGUAAAGCCAUAUGAGGUCCUGGUUCUGUUCAUUUCAUUGGCCUACAUAUCGAUCGCCCUAGAUGGUACUGGCGCCCUCGAAGCAGUCGCCUUCUGGGUCUCAAAGCAGGGUGGAAGCUCAGGCCGCCUGCUGUUCUUCUACCUGUAUGCUUUCUUCUUCCUUGUGGGCUGCAUCGUCGGCAAUGAUCCUUUGAUUCUCUCCGGUACUCCCUUCCUGGCCUACCUCACCGGGCACACCAGCCUUGAACCCACCGCCUGGAUCUUCUCCGAGUUCAUGGCCGCCAACACAGCCUCCGCUGUCCUUGUCUCGUCCAAUCCCACCAACAUCCUCAUCGCCGGAUCUUUCUCGCUCAAUUUCCUGACAGGCUUCACAAAAUGGACCAUUCUGCCAACCGUCAUUCCAGCCAUUCUCAACUACCCCGUUGUGUACGCCAUGUUCCAUAACAAGAUUCCCAAGAAGCUCACUCCAAUGGAUGUCAACCCAUGGUCCAAACUACGAGACCGCACAGGAGCCAUCUUCUUGAGUGUUCUAAUGAUCGUCACUGUCGCUGUCCUGGUUGGCACCAGCUUCGUACCUGGUCAUGCCGUCGAAGUCUGGAUGGUGACCGCCCCGGCGGGUAUCCUGGCUUUCCUGUUCAACCUGAUACGAGAUUCUAUUGACCAGAAAACCCAAGAGCGCACACGCCAGUCUAUCUCCAACGACCCGGCAGCAGAGAUGCAGUCUAUCGCCCGCCACGACUCUUCCGUCUCCAAUCACUCUCACCGAACUUCGCCCGUGGAGAAGCCUCCGCCUCUAUCGCCACACCCGAAUCAUACCUCUGGUGUACGGGCCUCAAAAGACGCCCCAUUCGAAGCCACACCGCCCACGACAAGCACACCCGGGGCCGAAGGCCCCAUGACCCUCUCCACGCUCAUCAACAACGUCAGCGUACGCUUUCCCUCCACAACUCUGACCCUACAACGGCUCCCCAUUCCCCUCCUCCCCUUCGCCAUGUGCGAAUUCAUUCUGGUGCGCGGUCUCUCGCAGCGUGGCUGGAUCCGCGUCUUCGCCAUCGGCUUUGCGCGCGCCUGCACCACGCCCGUGUCGGCCGUCUUCUUCAUGGGCUUCAUCUCCGCGGCCUUCCUCUGCCCGCUGGCCGGCACCAACAUCGGCGCCACCAUCAUUCUGGUCGAGGUGCUGCGCAACGACGACUUCAUGCUUUCCGAGGCUGUGCGUGGCGACGAGCGCGUACUCUGGGGCUGCGUCUACGCCGUCGCCAUGGGCAGCAAUCUCGGCGCCUUCAGCUAUACUUUUGCCGGCAGUCUAGCCGGGCUGUUGUGGCGCGGGCUGCUGGCUGACAAGGAUAUACAUGUCAGUCAGCGCAAGUUUGCCGCGGUGAAUUUUGUGCCGUUGGUCAUGCAGACGACGGUGGCGUGUGCCGUCAUUUUGGGGCAGUUGUACUGGUUUCUCUGA